AGCGUCAACACAAAGUAGCGCCGUCUCAAAGCAAAUCGAACGGCAAACACACAUCGCAGUGAAGGUUUCACAACAAUACGACUCAUCAGCAACAUUGAGUUUUCUACAGGAAAAAAGAGCAAUAAGAAUUUUUUUCUGUGAAAAGUAACCAGCGAGUGUGCUGUGCCGCUGACAAGUUUCCACCAAAAACAAUAACAUUGCAACAACAACGGAAAGGCGAGGAAGAGGAAAUAGAAAAAAAAACCUUAUAACGCACCACACACCAUCGAGCAGACACUUGGCUGCUCCAAGAGAGAGAGAGAGCGCAUUUCAUUGUUUGCCUUUGUUUGAUGAGAGAGAGAGCGGGCCUUUGUAUUGUUUAUCGGCUUUGUUAGGUUUGAGUUGAAAUGGACGCAUAACAAAAAGACAGUUGCUUUACGAUAACGAACGUGUUAAGAACGUUUUGGCUUAUAGCGAACGAGUAGUAGAAUCGAAAGAAGAAACAAGAAAACAUAACGGGUCAAGUGUGAAGUGGUAGUAGUGGCGGUGAAGAGAAUUGAAGAAAAAAAUGUGUUUUUUCUAACUCAUUGCAAGUGAAUAAUUGAAGAUCACGAAUUUUAAUUGAGAAAAUUUACACAUAAAACAAACCACUUAAGUUUUGUGUUUGGUGUCAAAAGCCAAAAAAGAAAAACAAAAGCCUAAUUGUGUGGAGAUCAUUUAAAAAAAAGAAUAUUUAAGAAUAUACACAAGCGAGAAAAAGUAAAACCUAAUAAAAACACGUUUACUGUGUGAAGAAGAAGUUUGUUUUUUGUUGGCAGUGUGAAUAAUCAACGACAACAACAAUAACAACAACAUCAAAGUUAGUGGCAGUGUGUCAAUGGCUAAGAAAGCCAACCCAACAAUUCUCACGUGUGCUUGCUGACUUGACUUGAAGCUGAAUUUUGGCAGCCGCUGGAUUGAAAAUAAAUGCUCAACACAUGUUCCACUACAACGGUUCCAUGGUGCCAUAAAUAAAUUUGACAACUAAUUCAAUAACAGCGACUCUAUUCUGGUGCUUUGAUUUCAUGUUGCACCAUAAUCAAAAUAGCCAAACAAAAACAAAAAAAAAACUUGCGCAAUUUAUUUAGUCAAACUAUAGAAAAUUCCAAUUUUUUCGCAUAGAGGCAAGGCAAUCCCCCGCCUGUGAGCGCCUAACAAAAGUUGUUCAAACUUAAAUGCAAAGCAAAUAAAGUGAUUCCUUUUUUUGUACGUGAAAAUCGACGAAACCAAAGCAAAUAACGGCGAGCAACAAAUUGAUUGUUAGUUUAAAAUAAAUAAAUCAAAAACAACAACACUAAAAACAAAGAAAUAAAUCUAUAAAAAGAUUUACCAAAUAACAAAAAUCUAAAGCAACGCCAAAAACAGAGUUGCUGGCAUCACAACAUCGACACCAGCAGCAACAGCCACCAAAUCUACUACACCGUCAUUAUGGGGCCCAUAGGCAAAUUAAAAAUGGGCCGACAUACAGCAGCGACAAUGGCCAGCGCAUUAGCAGCGAUUAUAUUUUUGAAUUUUGUCUUAAUAGCUUCGGCUGUCGAUGAACCUAGACUGGAAAUUUUUCCCUCACAAAAAGUCCAAAGAAAAGCCGUGGGUCAGGCCAUGAUUCUAACCUGUCGCCCUAAUGUUCCUUCACCUAAUCUAGUAGCUGAUUUGCAGUGGAAGGAUAAUUUAAAUAAUACGAUAUUGCCCAAACCGCACCAAAUUUAUCAACCAGUGUAUGAUUCCAAAGGACAUAGAAUACGUGAUAAUAUGGGGCGUAAUCCACCCAUGUUCACGGAGUAUAUGACCGGCACGGAGAGUUUGGCGCUUAUCAUCAACCACCUCAGUGUGGAAAUGGAGGGCAAAUACUAUUGCACAGCAUCCUAUGCGACCAAUGAUAUCCUGGAGACCAGUGUUACGGUUAAAACUUAUGUUGGCAUUACCUGGACAAAUGCUCCGGAAAAUCAAAACCCCAUUCUAGGUGAGGACUAUGUGGUAAGAUGUGAGGUAAAGGCUGAUCCUAAUCCCACAAUUGAUUGGUUAAGAGAUGGUGAUCAGAUACGCUCGAGCGAAAAAUAUGUAGUGCAGACCCAUGGUCUUUUGAUACGCAAUGUCCAGGAAUCUGAUGAUGGCAUCUACACUUGUCGUGCCGCUGUUGUGGAAACCGGUGAAUUGGUGGAACGCACCAUUCGCGUUGAAGUCUACAGCCGUCCAGUGAUAACCUAUUUGCCCACAACUUUGGAGGCCACUGAAGGUAAACCAUUCUCGGCCAAUUGCACGGCCACAGGUAAACCCGUACCGGAAAUUUUCUGGAUUAAGGAUGCCAACCAUCAAAAUGUUGCCACCGCCGACCGCUUCCUGGUGAACCCUUUGACUGGUGUCUUGAAUAUUAACUCAGUGACCCAAGAUGACUACGGCACAUAUACAUGCAUAGCCAAGAAUGAUGCUGGCGUGGCGGAUCAAAAGACAAAGCUGAAUGUUUUGAUUACUCCCUCGAUUUACUAUUUGUACAAUGUAACCGGUGUGAGCGAGAAAGAGGUGGCCCUUACCUGUCGGGCCAAGGGUCGUCCCGCCCCUGCAAUUACUUUCCGCCGUUGGGGCUCUGAGGAUGAGUUUACAGCCGGUGCUCAAGUCGAUGAUGAACGCAUCAUUUUGGAACAACACUUUGACGAUGAUAAAGGUGAAAGCAGUGGCACUUUGAGAAUAUCCAAAGCCAUGCGCUCAGACGAUGGUCUGUAUCAGUGUCUUGCGCGCAACACCGGAGGCACCGCCUAUAGUACCGGUCACAUUGAGGUUCAGUUCCGUCCAGAUUUCACACACAUGAAGGACUUGCCGCCAGUAUUCAGCUGGGAGGAGCGCAAGGUGAAUCUCAGCUGUUUGGCCAUGAGCAUACCCAAUGCCACCAUUGAAUGGCGCUGGAAUGGCAAGCCCAUCAAGGAUAUACACGACAAGAACUUGGAAAUUGUAGGCACCGGUCCUCGCAGCGAUUUAAUAGUCCAUCCGGUAGCUCGCCAGUAUUAUUCCGUCUACAAAUGUAUUGCCACCAAUAUUCAUGGCACCAGCGAACAUGAUAUGCAGUUGAAGGAGGCCCGUGUACCCGAACCCGUUCCUGCGGCACAACCCAAACAGCUGACAGCGACAAGUGUUACAUUCGAAAUACGCAGUCCCCCCACAGAGUUUGGCCUACCCAUUACAGCGUUUACAGUGCAAUACAAAGAAGCCAUUAACCCUGAUUGGUCAACAGCGUUAAAUCGAAGUUGGUCACCCGAUUCCCCCUACAUUGUUGAGGGACUAAAACCUCAGACCAUGUACCAUUUCCGCUUUGCUGCCCGCAACCAGGUGGGAUUGGGUCUGUGGGGCGUGAAUACCCAGCAAUCAACACCUAAGCGUUCGGCACCCGAAGAACCUAAGCCCUUGCAUUCGCCCGUGCAAAAUGAUAUUGAGGAACCCGUGGUGGUCUCACCCUACUCCGAUCACUUUGAACUGAGAUGGAGUGUGCCCGCAGACAAUGGAGAACCCAUUGAUUUCUAUCAAGUCAAAUAUUGUCCGGGCGUCAAAAUUUCCGGCACUUGGCAUGAACUGGAAAACGAAUGUCAAUCCGUAGAGGUAGCCGAAAGCACAUCCUACGAGAUGACACACUUGGCUGGCAACACCUAUUACCGCAUUGAAUUGCGUGCCCACAACAUCAUCGGCUUCUCGUCGCCCGCGUCCGUCAUUAUGAAAACAACACGAGGCAUCGAUGUAAUACAAAUGGCUGAAAGACAAGUGCUUUCCUCGGCCUCAAUUGUUGGCAUUGCUGUGGGAGGCGUUUUGCUGUUGCUCUUCAUUAUUGAUUUGUUGUGCUGUGUAACCAUCAAUAUGGGCGUUAUGGCCAGCAUGUGUCGGCGCACUAAGAGAUCGCCUUCGGAAAUCGAUGAAGAAGCCAAAUUGGGAAGUGGCCAGCUGGUUAAGGAGCCCCCACCAUCACCGUUACCUUUACCGCCACCAGUCAAAUUAGGUGGAUCCCCCAUGAUAUCACCAUCAGAUGAAAAACAGCCUUUGCAAACACCAACGGAAAGUAUGAAACAAAAUUCAACCAUUGAAUUUGAUGGUAAAUUUGUACAUUCACGAAGUGGUGAAAUUAUUGGUAAAAAUUCAGCAGUAUAAACGAUACGUGUUGGGUUUAAGCGGACCUAAGCCUAAAUGAUAGAUGCAUGCGUCUGCUCAUGCAUACCAACCAAGAUGACAAACUGGAGAUUAGUUCUGGGAUUUUGCCCGGAAGCCGAUUGGGAAUAAAUAUGCUUCAUUAUUACAUACAAAAAUACAUACUUUCUCUCUAUCUAUAAAAACAAAAACAUAACAGAAAUCAUGUACAAUUAAGUUAUAUAUAACGACUAUAUUGUUUCCAUAGUAUAAAACCAUAAUUUUAUUAACGCAUGAUAGUCAUAUGACAUUUUUCCACCAUAAGUUUAAACAAAUUUAAGUGUUUUUGUGCAAGCAAGCUAAUGGUGUAAAGAUGGCAUAGUGAUAUGACAACAAUCAGGUUCGACAUUUAAUUAAGUUUUUUUUUUAUUUUUAGUCAUUUCACAAAACAUAUGCCUCAUUAGUUAAAAUAUUAUCAUUUAUAGUAUUAUGCAGAAGACAGAAACCAUAACAUCAUCAACAAUUAUUCAUUCAUUCAUUUAUUGCCUUAAUUAAGAUGAGUUCUUGCAUAUAAGUAGACUUAAUUUGUGCGAUAAGUUUUAAGGAAGAAAUUGCAUCAUAUUUGAAUAGCAUGCAUACAUGAAAAUAAUUAAACGCCAUUUAUUCAUAAUUUUAAUGCCAUUUUUAAUCAUUUGAUUUUGUACAGAUAAAACUUAGGGGUGCAAUUUUUGCAACAAUCAUGCGGUGUUUUAAUAUUUUCUUUUUUUUAUGAAAUUUCCCUCUGAUUAUAAACGACCUAUUAAAAAUAUUUUUUCACUAAUAUUGAGUACUAAAUAAUCGUGUUUAAAGUUUUGGUAAAAUCUUUAAUAAGGCAGCAAAACACAUUUAAACUCAUUUACAGUUUACCAUGAAAAUUAAUUUCAAUAGUGUAAUUGAAAGAUUUAAAUCUAAUUCAUUCAAUACAGCAUAGUGAUGAAUAACUGAAGUUUAAGUUAUUAAAACUUAAGUUAAUGAAAUCUUCAUUUUGUUGAAAGCCCGUUAUUUUAACCUUCAUAUAUAUUUUCACCUUAUGAUUUCCUGAGAAAUUAAGCACUCCAACCCAAGCAUUUCUAGUUGAAUUUGGAGUAUUUAAGAAAGUGUAACACUGAAAACAUUUCAAACUUUGAAUAUUUUGAAUUUCUUUAUUAUUAGUGAACAAUCAAAAAAAUUUUGGUUUUGUUUUUGCCCAAUAACUUACGAUUCUACUCCACUGCAAGCGAGUCAAAUGUGUUUAGAAUGGCACCACCUAAAACAUCUAGAUUUAUUUCAUUUAUUUGCUCUAUUAUGAGUGAUUUAAAUUUUUGGUUUAGAAAAAAUUUCAUAUUUAUUGGUACUUAAUUAACUCAAAAAAGUUUCAUGUAUUGACAAGACUUAUUUAUCGGCUCCCAGUUUCUUUUUGUUUUGUAUUAAGAAAAUUAUUCAUUAAAUACAUAAUAAUUAUACUUUAUAGUUACUCUAAGUGUAAAUUGUGGCUUAUGUGAAUAAAAUUUCAGCUAUUAAGAGAGAAAGGAAUAAAUAAAUUCCAUAUAUAUACAUUCAUCAGUUCAUACAUAGAGACAUACAUAUAAAUAUAUAUUAUAUUUAAUAAAUCAAACGAUUCAUGACAACAAAUGAACAAAUAACAAAAUGCUCAAUAAAAAUACUUAAAAUUUAUAUACAGACCCACAUAUUUAAGAAAACAAAAGAUAAGCGAUGUAUGCGUUUUAAAUAAUUUUUUUGUUUUAAUGUUUCAUUAAGGUUUGAAACCAAUACGAAGGAAUGCAUUGGAUUUGUCUCCUUUGGUAUUUGUCUCCUUUAGGGUUUUAUACCUCGAUGAAAAUAAUGAUGCAUUUAUAAUUAAAAAAAAAAUCUUGAGAUGCAAUGUUCUAAAAAAACCAAAGAAAUUUUAGAAAUAGGGAAUAAGGAAAAUGUCAAGCUCUUAUUUUACAUAAACAAAAUUCAAAAAGGUGACCUAAUUCUAUCGCCUUCUAAUUAAAAUAUAAUUUUCCUUAAUACAUUAGCAGUAAUUUUACAAUUCUCCUGGAUUUUGUACUGAUUGCAUCUCUGGAUUUUUCCCUGUGUUUGUAUAAUCUGACUUUUAUUUUUUGUGCUAACUUGUAAAAAUAUCUACACAAUAAGUUACCGUAAGGCAAAUCCUUACACAUAGGUUAAAUUUAACAUAAGUAAAUGUAUUUAUUAGUUCUAAGAUUUACAAUAAACAACAACAAUUUCCACCAUUAACUAUAAAUAUACAAAAAACGUACAUAAAAAUCUACAAAAAACAAUAAAACAUAAAAAAUUCCUUAAAAAUAUGAAGAAAAAAAAACAACAUUGAAUAUUUAUUUUGCAUUUCAUUCAGCGUUUAUCCCUAUUUUUUAUUAAUAAAGUUUAUAUUAUGUUGUCUUUUAUUAAGUUUGCCCCGAACCAAAAAAAAAACAAAACCCAGAAGACAAGCGCCUUUUAAGAGCUUCUUAAAAUCAAAUGUACUUAUAUGUAAAGCUAUUUAGCAAAAUGAUAAAAAUCACAACAGAAAACAAUCUAUAAAAUGAACGUUUGAACGUUAAGGAUACAUUUUUGUACAAAAAAAUUAUAUAAAUAUACGUUUGGGCCAUUAUCAUCAUAAUAUACCUAAAUUCGCUUACAUUACCAAAAUAAAAAGAGUCGUAAAUUUAAAAACGGAACAUAAUAAAGGCGAAUUUCAAUACAGACACCUUAAUUCAAAAAAAAAAAAAAAACACAAGAAAAACUUUAUUUAUACCUAUAUACACCCAACGUUACAACAUGGUCACCAAAAAAGAGAUACAAACGCAUUUAAUUUUUUAUAAGUUCUUCAUAAGUUUAAAACUGAAUACAAAGGGCUAGAAGUGAAAACGGAUGUAGCUUUUCUAUCUCAACAUAAGAUGUAUAUUGUGCUUCUUUUUCCUGAGAAAAUAACACAAUAAAUAAAUAACUCCCGAAUACAUAAC